CGCAAGCGAAAAGCAACCAGAGGCCGUGCUCCCAUGAGGAUGUGGAGAGCCAGAGCAGAAAACAAAGCAGUGCGGAUGAGAGCGAGCAGCCAGAGUCCUGGUCCCCUCGCACCGUCCCUCGGAGACACACAGUAGGAGGGCCUCGCACUGCCGGCGACGUGAUCGUCAUGCAGUCUUACAACAUGGACCACAAGAAAGAGGCCUUUCUCGAGCAUCUGAAACAGAAGUAUCCUCAUCAUGCCUCUGUCAUCAUGGGACACCAGGAACGACUCAGAGAACAUAUCAGGAGUUCUGGGCACAGCGUGACCCCUCAGUCUACUGUAGGGGAGCAUCUCUCUUUGGCCCCUCUUGAGUGCUUGGAGGCCAUGUCGGAGGGAGAAGCCCCGUCCGCCUUCACCCGAGGCAGCCGCUCCCGAGCGAGCCUCCCUGUGGUCAAGUCAACUAACCAGACCAAGGACAGGUCAUUAGGUUUCCUCUACCUGCAGUAUGGAGAGGAGACCAAACAGAUCCGAAUGCCCAAUGAAGUGACCAGUUCGGACACCAUCAGGGCUCUGUUCGUCAGUGCCUUUCCUCAGCACCUCAACAUGAAGAUACUGGACUCUCCCAAUGUGGCGAUAUACAUCAAAGAUGACAUGAGGAACAUGUACUAUGAGCUGACCGACGUCAGGAACAUCACACCACAAUCUUGCCUGAAGGUGUAUCACAAAGAUCCAGCCCAAGCCUUCAAUCACAACGCAAGAGCCAAUAAUGGAGAUAUUAGGAUCACAAGAGAGCGACUCUACAGCAGCAGACAGCAGCCAGGAGGCCAAAGCCCGGUGCACACUCUUCCUCACAGUCCCAUACAUUCAGUCCAGGGCUCCAUGUCUCCUCCUACACCUCGCUCUAUGCCCUCCUCCCCCUCCAGGAUUCCCUAUGGUCACUCUGUCACCAUGCCCGCUGGUGCCACCUUACCCAGGGACCGUCUGUCCAGUGUACCCCCGAGUCGCUCCACCACACCUAGCGUCAGUGCCAUCCUUGAGCGACGGGAUGUCAAACCUGACGAGGAUCUAAGCAGCAAGUAUGCAGAAGCAUACGGUUCACCUGAAGCCAGACUCAGCAUUGCCUCAUCCCAAAGCAGCCACACCGGAGACGUCCCAGAUGGGGCGGCGUACAUCCAGCAUCGCUCCUCAGUCAAAUACGCAGAAGGACAAGACCUCCAGCACGCGGUCUACCGUCAAAAAUCCCGCAAGUACAACGAAAGUCAACUAGCAUCAAUGAGCUCCAAAACACCGCCUGCUUCUCCUCACAGGGUCAAUGAGGUCAGGAUGAUUGACAUGAUCCCAGGCCAGAACACCCACAUGCCCACUCAGGGUGUGGCAGCAGAAAGGGUGUCACCUGUUCGGAGGUCUUACCGUAAGGACAGUAAUGGAGCUAUGGAGGUGAACAGCAGGGUGAGGGGGAGCAUGGCCUCCCCUGUUUUUGCUGACCUUCCGGCCGGUCAUGAAGAAAAGCCGUUUCAAGGUCAUCUGGGAGCAGGAGAUCCGCAGAGUGAAAGAAUAAAGGCCAUGGAGCAGCAGAUUGCCAGUCUUACUGGACUCGUUCAACAUGCACUUAUGAAAGGGCCAAACACAAGUGCUAAAGAGGUAUCCAGUGAAAAAACAGUAAACAUGGGACCCCCAGCACAAAAUGGUGGCAUUUGUGUUGUAACAUCAUCUAAGGAGCCAGCUGUGCAGACAGACGAUUCUUCAGCUCAGUUUCAGAGCCCUGUCAGAGACCCUGCUUUAAGCUCAAUCCUCACCACCUUCAGGAGAAACGUCUCUGACCUCAAGCUGCAGCUUCACCAGCUCAAACAGAUGCAGCUGCAAAACCAAGAAUCAAUGAGGCUAAUGCUGCGACAGGCAGAGCAGGAGCUCUCAGAGAGGGUUUCAGACACUGUGCUGCACCUCGAGGACCCUGUUCAUAGACAGAGAGUCCAGGUGGAUGAAGAAAGACAUCACUAUCUGGGCAUGGAGGAAAAAGUCCUCAUGCAGCUCGGAGAACUGGAGAACUAUGUGGAAAAGCUCAAGAAAGAGUCCACCUCUGCUAUGAGUCAGCGACCGGUCACUCUGAAGGAUGUGGAAGAAGGGGCCGUCAACUUACGCAAAGUAGGAGAGGCUUUGGCCACACUCAAAGGAGAGUUCCCAUCCCUGCAGUUGAAAAUGCGUGCUGUGUUGAGGGUGGAGGUGGAGGCGGUCCGUUUCCUGAAGGAGGAGCCUCACAAAAUGGACAACAUGCUGAAAAGAGUCAAAGCUCUGACUGACACUCUUAGUGGACUGAGAAGAUAUGCCACAGAGAGCCACAACCAUACUUCUGACCCAUUUCAAGUGAAGGCAUUGACUGCUGAUUCAGUGGAAGAGCACAGUUCUCCAAAACCUGUUCGUGAGUCCCCUACCCCACAACCGAGAUCACCAGCCAAAGUCAUCUACACAGAACCUGUGCCCUCUUCUCCAGUCACAGUCCACCGUGUUCAAACAGUUCCCUCCAAUGCUCACCACCCGAGUCCCCCCCUCACACCCACCCAUGGCAGAGACUCUCCAACUGUGGCGAAGGUCAGUCCAAGGAGCAGAGAAAACAGUCCUGCCCUGCAAAAGCGAGCAACUCCCCAGGGUCAGGAAGCUGUGCUAACAACCUCUGGAUCUUCCACACCCCCACUCCAAGCAAUGGAGAUCCAAGUCAACACAAGCAGGCCGAUGUCUGAAGAGGUUUCAAAACGGGCUGUAGAGGGGGACCUGAUUCGCUCUGCUGGAGCAGAAGCAGAAAAGGAAAUGGACAGGAUUCUCCAACAGACCCAAGUCAGCCUUAUGAAGGCCAUCCCUGACCUGGAGGUGAGCAGCCAGGUGGAUGGUGCCCCUUCCCAAACACCUCGCCCAAUGGCAGAUGAGGUGGACUCUACACUUCAAGUGUCUCCACUCCCUGAAGCCGCACCACAGGAUGGACCCAAAGCAGAUAAACCAGCACAGACCAGUUUGGAAAAACCACAGAAGCCGACCAUAGAGAAGCCCCACAGGGCCACUGUUGACAGAGCAAAGCCCAACCCUGAAACAGCCACCAAAUCACCUCCCCCUCCCCCACCACGCAGAUUCUACCCCUCUGCAACAGGCCUGACCACUGGACGCUCGGGAGAAGUUAUCUACACCAGCCGAAAAGAGUCCACUAGUGCUCAGGAGGGUGAAGAGGAGGCCCCGCAGCCUAAAUCCUCGCGUGUGCCCCCAGAGGUCAAGCCCAAGCCCCGCACCCCUCCUCCUGUCAACACCUCCACCUUUCAAGACGAGGAGGAUGAAGGAGAUAAGAUCAUGGCGGAGCUACAGGUGUUUCAGAAAUGCACUAUUAAAGAUUUACAGCCCAGAUACAUUGUUGACCUCACAACCCAUGAGCCCUCAGGCAGUGAGACGGAGCCAGGGCUUUCUCUAUCUUAUCACACAAAGAACACCACUCGCAAAUCAGGAGAAGGAGCACUAUCUGAAAGUAAGGAAGAUAGUGCAUCACCUGGUUCUCCUGCGGUCAUGUAUUAUAUCACCGGAACUUCAAAGACAUCAAGUGAGGGCACCUCUUGGCCAGAUGACCUAAAGGAGCCCAAGGAAGCAACAUUUUCUCCUUCAAAGGUUGCACUUGAGAAUGCUUCUGACCUUUCCCAAGAGCAACAAUUGUUUAAAUCAGAUAACUUAUCUGAAAUUUCACUUCAGACAUGUCAAUCAGUCAAGGAGGUCCAAAGCAAGCCAAAUUAUAUUUAUCAGGUGUUACCUGGCCCAUGCAAAUCUCUAAACGACAACCGUAAAGCUGGAAAAGAGCUCAAGGCUGAGCCUGUUCUGAAGUUCCUAAAACAUGUAGUUCCCCCACCACCUGAAAAGUCACCUGUUGAGGAAAAGUUAGAGCAGCAGAUACUACAUACACACUUGCCUGUCUCACAAGCAUCAGCUGUUCUUGAUAAGUCAAAGCAUAAACAUCGUGCAACCACAGUUCAGGUUACGCUUGUUAACAAGAUACCUCAGGUUCAAGAACCACUCCACCAACUAAACACUGAUGUCCCAUAUUCAACACAGUUCAUUGACCAUGAAAAUACACAGGAAGCAACAAGAUCAUCUAGAGAUCACAUCAGGUACACUGAAGAUGCCAGUCUAAGUCCAGACCUUCCAGGAGAAGAAGGCCCUCCUCCUCCAAAUAACAUUGCCUUCAGGAUUACUAAAACCAAGGUACAGGCUCUGUCAAAUGGAGAGUACCAACAGCUUGUAAACAGCAAAGGUACAGAUGUCCAGACUGUAAAAGUGGGAUCUGAACCAAAUGUAUCCGCUCCUGAAGACUCUGGAUUUGACAAGAAGCCAGUUAUCAUAAUUUUUGAUGAGCCAAUGGAUAUCUGUCAGGCCUACAAACGCCUGUCCACCAUCUUUGAGUGUGAAGAAGAGCUAGAGAGAGUGCUGUCAGAGGAGAGGAUUGAUGAGGAGAACGAGGAGGAAGAAGAAGUAGAAGAAGUGGAAAUCAACUCAAGAAGUCUUGACGGUCAUAAAACACCUAGAAAUAAUGUUGUAGAUCAGUGCAGAACUGAGAACAGGGUAAACAACCAGAGAAGUGGCAACAAUGCAAUGCUUCAAGAACAGCAGAGUUCCUUCGAAAGUCCUGUUUUUGAUGUUGAAGAAGGAGACAAGACAGGAUCUUCUAAAGAUCCAAAAAGGAAAUUUAAGUUUAAGUUCCCAAAGAAGCAGCUUGUAGCUAUUGGCCAGGCCCUUCGUACAGGGACAAAAACUGGCAAAAAGACACUGCAGGUAGUCGUCUACGAGGAUGAAGAGGAACCAGAUGGAACCAUGACUCCGCUCAAAGAAGCUAAAAGAUAUGAGAUCAAGUCCCAUGUAGACACUAAUUCUACAACACAAAGGUCUUUAUCAGAAAACCAGACCGCCCCAUCACAGAGCACCAAAGACAGAACUGAGGAACUCCGCAAAUCUACCUAUCAAACAUUAGACAGCCUUGAGCAGACUAUUAGGCAACUAGAGACCACCAUAAGUGACAUUGGGCCCACACUGGUUUCUGAAGUCUCCCACAAAGAAGAAUUAAAAGCAAAGAGAACUGCCAGUCAUGCAGGACCAGAGGAGGCCAGUCCCACAAAGAGGCCUGCACCUCUGAAGCCCAAACCUAGCAAGUCAUCACUGCAAAAGAGGUCCAAAACACAGUCUCGAACCUCAUCAAGCACGUCCACCUCUUCUUCCAGUUCCUCCAGCAGCAAACAGAUCUCUGGUGACUCUCCUGCUUCAAGUCGGAUUUCCUCACCCAAGUCACGCCAGCAGCCAGGAAGUGUGGAAAAAUCUGGAAAACCCCAAAAACUCCAGGACUCCCAGAGGCAGUUCCGACAGGCUAACGGGAGUGCUAUGAAAGCUGGUGGGAAUAGUAAACAUGCUUUCCCUGCUUUGCCUGCUUCUAAGAUCCCAGCUUUUAUGCCUAGCUCGUGGAAACAUAGCUCAACCCGUGCUCCUCGUUCAAAUGUGUCUAGGCUUACUAACCAAACCUCUUCCUCCUCUAAGUCCUCAAUCCCAUGUCUCAGUUUGAGCUGGCCCAGCUGUAGACCUGUCACCCCUUCAAAGUCUCCUGAGCCCUCUCAGCAGCCUGAAGGUCAAAAGCUAACCCUUCCUCCACAAACUCAAAUUAGCCAGUCCUGCUCUUAUUCCUGCUCAUCCUCAUCAUCCUCUAGCUCAUACUCUUCCUCCUCCUCGGUCUCUCCGACCUCUACUUCCUCCUCCUCGUCCCCUUCCUCUCCUUCCCUCUUGUCUCCCACUGCCAUGUGCCGGGGAGGUCGAGCUGUACACAUACCCAGCUUCAGCAGCAGCAAGUCUCUGAAGGCCAGCAGUGGCCAAACCACUAUCACACCAGCAUCCUUUUCCAGGGACAUGGCAUGAACUAUCCAUUUCUCUCGUUUGCUCUUUUUGUUGGCACUCAUUCUGUCAGGAUUUUAGGUGGCCAUGUGUUUCUUUAACAAACAGAAACCGUUUUAGCUAUGCUGUGUAUUUGGGGUGGUGUUAUUGUCUUUGUGCACUUCCUCUGAAAUCCAAAAAUAGAGGCACAUAAGGUGCUCUGAAUUUACGGUUUAUGUGAGGAAUUAAACGACAGUGUUCACAUUUUAUUUUAGAAACUUGCAUUUGUUUACCUUAAUGAACUAUACAAAAUUUUCUUUGCUGUUUUAAGAGAAAGAAAAUUUGACGAAUACAUUAUAUUUUAGAGUGUGUUCAUACUUGGCAGGCUCAGUUUGAUUUAAAUAAACUUUAAUGUGAUUGCUUUGUUAAUGCAUUUCUUUUGAAUAAGAAAUUGACACAUCUGAACACCAGCAGACACACUUCUGAACUCUAGUGUGUACCAAAUAAGUGAAAAACUGCACUUUGGAAAAGGUGGGUCUUGGUCCACUUAUAAAUGAACCCUGAACUUUUGGUCGGACUAAAAUCAAAAAGAAACAAGGACAAAGCUUAACCUUUACAAUUCGAUACAGGCAUGUGGAAUUCUUGUGAACACCAAGUGUGAACACACUCUUGUGUAUUUUUUUUAAAUAGCCAAAUAUAAUGGGGUCCAAAUGUCUGAGAGCACAUUUUGUGUUUUAAAACAUACAGUGCUCAGCAUAUAUAAGUGCACCCCUCACAAAUCCAUCUUUGAAAUUCAUAUUUUUAAUAGGAAGCUAUACAAUAUUUUAUAUUUGUGCAUAUACAUUAGAUUAGUCAGUACUGAAGCCAAAUCUGGAGCUUAUUUAACAAAAUAACUUACGAUAACUGUCCAAAAACUAGUACACCCAAAUUUAUAUGUUAUAGAAAAAUAUUAAAUACAAAUUUCAAAAAAGAGGAAAAAUCAAGAGAAGCAAAACAUGUUAAAAAUGUAGUUUAAAUUUUGAGGUUGUAAUUUUUAUUUAUUUUUUGCAAUAUUUAGCUUGAAUUUAAUUGUUUUAUCUUUCAGUUUCUAAAUAUGUUCGGUGACUGAAAUAUUAUUUUAAUAAAUAUAUUUGUUUAAUAAAUCUGUUUUGUUUAAAUGCAUUAAAAUACAUUGCCUACAGUGUGUUCACUGAGAAAUGGAUACAAACAUUAAUUUUCAAAAUAGGCUGUACUCAAUUAUGCUGAGCACUGUAAUUGCUUUUUUUAACGAUUUUUACAAAAAAAUAAAUAAAAAGUCAUAUUUAGGAUUAUGCACUAUAUAAAUGUCACUUUCAAAUAAGCUGAUUCAUAAAUUUAUGAAUUAUCAUAUGUUCUUCUGUUGACACAUAAGAGUAUUUUUGGAUUAUCAACAGGGUUUACACACGUAGCUUGUAACGCUUAUAAUUUUAAAUGAAAAACUUUUAUAUUAAAGUAAAAACCUAUUACAGUCAAGCUCAAAAUUAUUAAUACCCCUGGAGUAUGAAUCAUUUUGCGCUUGACCGUAUAUUAAAUGUAUUAUAUAUUAAAACCACCAAAUAAAAACUGUUUCACUCGAGGCCUCAGACUUUAGGAGCUCAUUGUAUAUUUAAAAUAUCAUUUGAUUAUGUUUGUGGUGAAUUGAUUUAAUUUGACAGUUUGAAAGAGUUUAACCAAAUUUAAUCUGAACUGUUGCUCUUUGCCUCCAGUGCACUGCCAGUUUUAACUAAUAAUAUGCAGUUUUAGUGUUACCAUAAAACCAAAGUUUUACUCAUUUAAAGACUCAAACAGCAGUGUAUAUAGUUUGAGUGUAUGAUACAGUAUCAGCCUUUGUAGUGGUGUAGUGUAGCAUAGCUUUGUAUUACACCAUUAUUGUAUUUCUUUAAACAGCUCAUGUCAGAUGCCAAAAGAUAAAAUAUUAGUCCCAAUAUUGGAUAUGAAAAUAAUGUCUUAAAUUGCCAAACUUACUCCUAUGCAUGCUUUUCAGAUAUUUAACCAUAGACGAUGCAAAGGUAAAUGCUGUAAAUAUCACCUCUGAUAUUUGUAAUGCUGUAUAAAUUGUACAAAACAAUUGUUUGGAAGAAAAUGCUUGCCAGAGAUGUUUAUCAAAUAAAGGGCUUCCAGUGUAUGGUCA